AUGGCGUCAAAUCGAGAGGCGUCCUGCCUCAAGAAAGGCGUCGAGGCGCAGGAGAAAGCUUCGAACCGCAGCAAGGGUGUUGAGACCAGAAGUCUGUUGGAAGGUCGUCCGAUCAAAACCAGACGAAGGUCGUCGGAUCAGGAACCAUUGAAGGGCGUCGGACCAGGAGCCAAUUGGAUGGUCGUCGGAUCAGGAGGCCUGUCGGAGGUCGUUGAGCCAGGAAUCAUUGAAGAUCGUUCAAUCGUAACAACAAAUCAAGGCAUCGAGACAAAACGACAAAAAUAUUUGACGAUUUAUUAUCAAAACAUGAAUAGUAUCCGUAGUAAAAAGAGACUAGAGACCGUUUUACUGUCUUCACUUGAGUUGGACUACGACGUGUUCGCGUUCUGCGAAACAAAUCUUGACGCAUCAAUAAGCGACCGAAUGAUUUUUCCCGAAACUUUCUCAGUUUACCGCUGUGACCGAUCGCCCACAAAUUCUGAUAAAACUUCUGGUGGUGGUGUACUGAUCGCUGUAAACAAUCGUUUUACGAGCACUCUGAUCAAUGAAUCAAAUUGCAAUGAAGAAGUCACAGUUAAACUAGUCAUAGACAAAAUCGAGAUUUUCAUAUGCAGUAUCUACAUACCUCCGGCCUCAGGCUAUCAAAGACACGUUUCCCAUACUGCAAAUGUGGGUUCUUUGGUUAAAAGUAUAUCACCCGACAGCAAAGUGAUCAUAAUUGGUGAUUUCAACUUGAAGAAUACCACUUGGUAUCGAGAUAAAGCUAGUGAUCUUCCCUUUCUGCCAAACAACGUUCGUUUGCCUGAAGAAUCGAUUAUUAUCGACGACAUGGCCGCCUUCGAUUUGCGGCAAGUUUGUGGAAUCGCUAAUCAUAAUAACCGGUUUCUUGAUCUUAUAUUCACUAAUGACGAGGAAAGUUGUCAAGUUGAUGAGAUUUUACCUAUAAUUCAGCAUGAGGUGCAUCACAAGGCCAUGGGGAUAAACGUCUGUCUAAAUAUUCUUCAAUAUGCAGAUGCACUGUCAGCUCAGGAAAGCAAAGUAACGAUUGAUAUGAAAAAUUUUGACGUUGACGCUGUUUCUCAAGCUCUUUUGGAAGUGGAAUGGAAUACGGUUUUUCUACAUAACGAAGAUAUUCCCGAAACAGCUAGUUCGAGAAUACGAUCUAUGUUGGAUUUUUUGAAUAGCCUAGGGGUUUUCGACAACAUUCGCGAAAAUGAUAGCUCAAUAGGAAAUGCCCUGGAUUUCAAUGUUUUGUCGUUUUACACCGUGGUUUAUGGAAUAUUACUCAAUCACUGUAGAACCAUCAGAGUAAAAUCGUCUCGCUCUAAAUACCCGGAAUGGUUUGACAGCGACACUAUCCGCCUACUUAAAGACAAGCGAAAGAAGCAUAACAAAUUCCGCAGAAGUAAAUCUGAGCAUGAUAAAACAGCAUACCGAACAGCGGCUAAUUUAUUCAAUAGUUUGCAUAGAGCCCAACGAUGCAGCUAUUUGAACGAACUUCAACAAAAUAUACAAUCUGAACCAAAACGAUUUUGGAAGUAUGUCAACUCGAAACGUAAGUCUAACUUGAUACCAAAAAAUGUUUCUUACAACAACAACAAAGCAGAAUCUUUGGAAGAUGCAUCCGAGCUCUUUGCCGAAUACUUUCACAGCGUGUAUCGUUUGAGCAACGCAGAAAUAGAACAAGAACGCCAAUCACCAGUAGAAAUCUUACCCGAAUUCACCAUAGCGGCAUCUGAUAUACGACGAAAGAUUUUAUCGCUCGACGAAUCGAAAAGUUGUGGCCCUGAUGGAAUACCAAACUCAUUUUUGAAGAAAUGUGUGAGUGGAAUCGAAGAGCCCUUACAAUUUCUCUUCACUUCAUCGAUUCGUGCCGGUUUAUUCCCGAAGUUUUGGAAAAUCUCGCAUGUUAUACCGAUACACAAGAACGGUUCCAGGCUCACCGUAGAAAACUAUCGUGGUGUUGCAAUUCUCUCUGCAAUACCCAAACUUUUCGAGAGUAUUGUAUACGAUAAGAUUCACCCGUGGAUUGAAACGAAGACUUCGGAUGUUCAACAUGGUUUUCUCAAGAAACGCUCAACCGUAACGAACCUAACAGAGUGUGUAUCGAGAACCUCGCAGUGGAUGAUGCAAGGUUUUCAAGUUAACACAAUAUACACUGACAUGUCCAAAGCCUUUGAUGUAAUCAAUAUAAACGCUCUACUGUCGGUAUUAUGCAAGAAUGGAAUAACCGGAUCCUGUCUCCAAUGGAUUCGUUCGUACCUGAUCGAAAGAACGCAAUACGUCAAACUGGAGAACGUGAGAUCUAGUACUUUCUCGGUCAACAGUGGUGUUCCACAAGGGAGUCACUUGGGACCCCUUCUUUUCAUCGCUGUUAUGAACGAAUUUCCUGAAGUGCUGACUGAUGUGUUCGCGCUGGUUUAUGCCGAUGAUUUGAAAAUGUUUUUACCUAUUCGUCACCCGAAGGAUUGCGUGACUCUGCAAAACGCCUUGCACAGAUUCACAGAGUGUUGCAGUAGAUUCGGCCUUAAGAUCAAUUCUUCGAAGUGCAACGUGAUAACAUUUUCCCGGAAAAUAAGCAAUAUCACUUAUGAAUACCGCUUAGAAAACGAUUUCAUCAUUGCUCGGCAAAGCUCAGUAAAAGACUUAGGAGUGGAGUUGGACGCGGAGUUAACUUUUUCAAAACACAUCGAAAAAGUUGUAGCAAAGGCCAAUUCUAUGUUCGGAAUGGUUAGUAGAAUCUGUCACGAGCUGGAUAAUCCCUACACGAUUGUUUCUAUCUACACUGGAUUAGUUAGGACCGUCAUUGAAUAUGCCGGCAUUGUGUGGCGACCGUACUACAACAUACACAACAACAGACUAGAGAGAGUUCAGAAGAAGUUCUUGAAAUACGCUUUGAGAAACCUUGGGUGGCAAGCAGAAAUGCCGGAGUAUCGAGUCUUGUGCAUGCUGGUAGGUUUGGAAACGCUGGAAACCCGAAGAAAAUCGAUCGACGCACUGUUUCUAAAGGACUUAAUCUGUGGAAGAUAUUACUCGCCGUAUUUAUUAUCUUGUAUAUCUCCGUACGAAGGCCGCAGCAGUUUACGAAGCGUAAGGCCGUUUCAACUAGCUAAUCGCAACCAGAAUUUCGCCAGAAACGAACCAAUGUACCGAAUGAUGGCAUUUUACAACACAAACGUCGAUAUUACUCAACUAAGCAUGUCCAGAGAGCAAAUCAAAAUGAACCAACCUUCAAUUAAAAGUGACCAGCUGGCACUCCUCAAUCGGGCGUCUUUUUCCAUGAAUAUUCUCACCGAUAUACCCCAACAACGCCAAAAGGACUGGUCAUGA